AUGUUUAGCUGCGACUGGGCUAUAAAAGAAGCAGGAAAACUGGCCUCCACUUGUUACAAGUACCAAGCGUAUUUUCCCACAUUUUCCGUAGAGAAACAAGAGCUGCUGAAUCUAGCAAAUCAAAUUGUCAACAACAAGCCAGCCUUCACUGCUGCUGGAUUUUUUGAGGUGAACUGUAAAACACUUUUCGCUCUUUUCGGAACCACCACUACGUAUUUUAUUGUAAUUGUACAAUUUGAGCAAAUGUAA